CGCCUUCCGGCCUACACCCCAAAGCGCCGCACGCACCGAAUCUCAGAGUGUCGCUUAGCGCUUGCCCUCCGUUCUAGCGGAGCAAAUGCAAUCGCUCAGAAAAGCAAACUCAUAAUCAAUAGUUGACAGAUACUCUAAGUUAAAGUUCAUCUUGGACUGUUAAUAAAUUGCUGUUCCGAGCUUCAGUCGCUCUUUCAAGCACUGCGAGGCAGCAAGCGUGCCCUAGGCGCACAGAGCAUACGUACGCGCGACGCGAGCGCGCAGCCGACUAUUGGAACAUCAAUAGACAAUUACUCUUGAUUAAUGGAUCGACGUCUAAAUGCUGACUUCUACACUUUUAUCUCCCCUGUGGUGGAUCUUCGCGCAUAUCUGGAAGAAGCAUACGCAACCAAAGAGAGAGUGGAUGAUUUCUUUCUGGUUACUGCGCGUGAUCCGUCUGCGACGACAAAAGCUGAGGAUCGUAAAUUCGACAUGAAGAAAGACUUUGCCGCUAUUGCGAACUGUAAACCGUGGACAGCAAACAAGAUUUUUGACGGCGAUUUGCAAGCAACAAGAUUCCUUGCUUGUCCUCAGCAACGGACCUUCGAAGAGAUCAAUGGAAUACAUAAUAUUCCUCCGAAUCCUAAGCUGCGAGUUCAAAAGUAUGCUCUCGAAAGGAAUGAAUAUGCAAAGAAUGCGCAGCGAAAAUCUAAUUAUUUGCGAACACUGAAGUACGACAAGUUCGAAAUGUAUGAAAAAGAUCUUCGAAGAAGCCAUAGUACUCCCAUGCAUCUACCUUGUGCUAAAGAUAUCAUCAUUGCAUGCACCGUUAUCAUACCUCACAACAGAAUCCUUUCUUCUGACGAACUGAGAAACACUAGACUACUUACAGCAGAGAGAAAACUUAUCUUGCGUGGCGACUCAACCCUUCUCAGUCUGAGGCAAAAGAUUUUGUGCAUUUGUGACACAGUGGUUGAAUUGGAGGAUGGUAAAGAACUGGAACCAGUCGACCAGAAUAAGACUCACAUGCUCUUGUAUCCAUCAUCGUUCGUAUUCAUCCAUGAUACGUUUUACGUGGAUUAUUCGCUUCCACAUUCACAAGAUAUAUCCGAACCGAUACGAGAGUUCAUGGCUAGAAAGAAAUGCUUUGAUCCAGUCACAUCACGGGAUAUAGAAGGAGUAAAAAUGAUUGAUCUCAAAUUGCGGUUAGGUCAGCCGUAUGUGUUCCAACACUCGGGAACCUGCGAGCAUUUGCUAAUCUUUCAUGAUCUGCGGUUGUUGGAGAAAACGGAUGUUCAAGAUUUAGACCGUUAUCCGAUGGUGGUGUUUGAAAAGAAAGGUGACACACGCUGUUCUGCAUGCGCACGUGGUUACGCAGCGUUUGUCGUAGAAGAAUGCGAGCGUCUCCCAUCACCGUACAUGCUGUUCUGUGAUGAAUGUUUCAGAGAAUUCUUUUUCGUGCAUGCAGUGUCAGAGUACUUCGGAAGCACUUCGUUUUCGAUACGAAGAGUACUAAUUAGCUGUAAAUCCGCAAACCUCUUGAUUUGGAAACGAUUUUGCUUGAUGGCGAGUCGACUGCCGUCUGUGCUAGCCUGCACUUGUCGUUCUAUAGUGACAAGUAGUUCAUCACAUAACCGCUAUGAUCCGCGAUUGUUUCGAGAUCCUGUGACAGACAUCAAAGAGAUGCAUCAACCUUUGGAUGAGAAUGAUGAACGAAACUUUUUAUUUCUAAAAGCAAUGAAAAGCGACGACACUCCAGUGUUUUACAGAGAUCACACAGUAGAUAAACUGACACGAGUAAUAAUGAAUAGUGGUCGAAAAGAAACUGCUCGGCACCAUGUUUAUGCAGCUUUGGAAAUCAUCAAAAGGCGGCAGUAUAAGGCUUGGCGUAAGGCUGAAACUGAAGAAGAGAAGAACAAGAUUGAAUUGGAUCCGUUUGUAAUUGCGCGCAAAGCAAUAGCGAAUUGUCAUCCACUCAUGAAGCUGCAGGGAGUUACUAGAGUUAAGCUACUUCGUGGUACAACCUAUCAAGUGCCAUUUCCCAUUGAGAAGGCCGAAGCGGAAUUCAGAGCGAUGAAGAUGAUGCGUGAUAUAUGCCGUCAGAAGGCUGCGCAUGGUGAAACGCACCUAAAAGAUAUAUUGGCAAAUGAGCUUUUGGCAGCCAGUCAAAACGAAGGCCUGACCAUCCAAGCUAAACAAGAACUUCACAAGACCUGCGAAGCAAAUAGGGCAUAUGCCCAUUAUAGAUCUUAGUAUAUAAGUGCUGCGUAGAUCGUAGAUAUAGGCAUGUGGGUAACAAAUUGUAUUUUCUAUGAUUGAUCAUUCGACUUCUUGGUGAAAAUGAAUCGUUAGCAACCUUUU